AGUAUAAAUACAUGGAGUGUAACAAAUUGUUUUCUGAGCCAGAAUGGAAGAGGAUUCCUCUAAGGACAAAAACUUGCACACCAAGAAAGAGCCACGCUAUAGAGGAGUCCGCCACCGGCCAUGGGGAAAGUUCGCCGCCGAAAUUCGAGACCCCGCUCGGCACGGCGGUCGAGUAUGGCUCGGGACAUUCCUCACGGCGGAGGAGGCUGCUAGGGCUUAUGACCGUGCUGCCUUUGAGAUGAGAGGUACUUCAGCCAUUCUCAACUUUCCAAAUGAGUAUCCUUCGUCUUCUUCUUCUACCACUUCCUCUUCAUCGUUACCAUGUUCUUCUUCCUCAUCUUCUUCAAUGCUUAAAAACGAUCAUGGUAAACAAGUUAUUGAGUUUGAGUGCUUGGAUGACAAAUUGUUGGAGGACCUUCUUGACUGUGAUGACUAUCCCUACCAGAAAGACUUGCCUAAGAAAUGA